AGGCACAGAAUACUAGACAACAAGCUUUAUAAAUAGGGGAGUCGAGGAGCAUUUCAAGCAUAGGCAUUUUGUUGAGAGAAGAUGGAAGAAAAGAUGAAAGAUAGCCAUGAUCAAAGGAGAAAAGGAGGGCUCAAGACAAUGCCUUUCAUAUUUGCAAAUGAGGUUUGUGAGAAGUUAGCUGUUGUUGGAUUUUCGGCUAAUAUGGUUAGCUACUUGACCCAGCAGCUACACAUGCCACUAACCAAGGCCGCCAACACACUAACUAACUUCGGUGGGACUGCCAGCUUGACACCGUUGCUCGGGGCCUUCAUUGCCGACUCCUACGCCGGGCGAUUCUGGACCAUUACUGUGGCAUCCGUCAUCUAUCAGAUGGGAAUGAUAAGCUUGAUUCUCUCGGCGGUCCUUCCUGGUUGGAGACCACCACCAUGCACAGGCAAUGAGGUGUGCAAGGAGGCAGCCCCAUGGCAGCUGGCAAUCCUGUACGCCUCACUCCUACUAACAGCCCUUGGUUCCGGAGGCAUUCGUCCAUGUGUGGUGGCCUUCGGGGCAGACCAGUUCGACGAGACAGACCCGACACAGAAGACGAGGAUUUGGAACUUCUUCAACUGGUACUACUUCUGCAUGGGGUUGUCUAUACUGGUCGCUGUCACUGUGAUCGUCUACAUCCAAGAAAACAUUGGUUGGGGUUGGGGCCUUGGCAUUCCUGCAAUCGCCAUGGCCAUCUCCGUUAUUGCUUUCGUUUUUGGAUAUCCUCUUUACAGGAAUUGCGAUCCUUCUGGGAGCCCUUUCACUCGCCUCGUUCAGGUCAUUGUCGCUGCUACUAGAAAGAGGAAUCUGACCAUGGUUACUGAUCCCAGCUUGCUUUACGAGAAUGAGCAACUUGAUGCGUCCAUUUCGACUACAGGAGCGCUUCUUCACACUAAGCAAUUCUCAUUUCUGGAUAAGGCAGCUAUCGUAACAGAAGAAGAUGAAGAAGAAUGGGUGUCCCACAAUAAAACUCCAAACCUAUGGAGGUUGAGCACCGUCCACAGGGUGGAGGAAUUGAAAUCGUUGAUCAGAAUGGCCCCAAUAUGGGCCUCAGGAAUCCUUCUCAUAACUGCAGCUGCGCAACAAGGUACAUUCUCUCUGCAACAAGCGCGGACAAUGGAUAGGCAUCUCACCCAUUCAUUUCAGAUCCCACCAGGAUCCAUGUCUGUCUUCACAAUCCUCUCCAUGCUCACCACAAUCUCCUUAUAUGACCGCAUCUUCAUCCCCAUCGCUCGACGCUUCACUGGCCUUGAUCGUGGCAUCUCCUACCUACAACGCAUGGGUGUGGGCUUCGCCAUAUCCAUCUUAGCCACCCUCGUCGCUGGCUUUGUUGAGGAGAAGAGAAAGCAUGCCGCCAUGGCCCAUGGGCUUCUCGACAGCCCCCACGCCACCAUUCCCAUAACAGUCUUUUGGCUUGUCCCUCAGUACGCUCUCCAUGGAAUGGCGGAGGCCUUCAUGUCCAUUGGCCACCUGGAAUUCUUCUAUGAUCAAGCUCCAGAAAGCAUGAGGAGCACUGCGACCGCCCUGUUUUGGACGGCCAUUUCUGCUGGGAGCUACACCAGCACCUUGCUUGUAACCAUCCUCCAUCGGUUAUCAGAUUGGUUGCCGGACAACAAUCUUAACCGUGGGAAAUUGGACUACUUCUACUGGCUCAUCACAUUGUUACAGGUUGUUAAUCUCGUCUACUACACGCUUUGUGCCAAGUUGUACACUUUCAAGCCCAUCCAACUCCGUCCCAACGAAGAACGAAAAGUCGAGCUUGAAAGUCGAGUGUGACGGACAUUUCGUUUUGUCAUGUGGACGAUCCAAAGUGUGUUAUAUUGUACGUGAAAUGCAAGUUGGAAAUAGUGCCACUACAAUGAACCGUAGUAGUAAAUUAUGUUUCCCUAUUAGCUCUAUUCUAUGAAGUCGUUCUUUAUUUUCAAAUUUGUGAAUGUAGUAAUAGUAAGUUGAUUGUUGGCUUCCUACCCUUUGCACCACACCUUCAUAGGUGUGGAGGAUCGGACCGGGUACAAUCAAUUCAUACCAUGAAAAUUAAAAGAAAUAGAAUAUUAGAACCGUCCUACAA